UCCGUCACAUCAUUGCUCCAUCGCAGACUCUCCCUCUCCCCUACUUUGACGACUACAACCAGUAGUAUCAAAACCCAUCAAGCGAGAACGCGAAGAACGAGGCGAAACCGACCGGGACGAACUCGGCUUUACACGUUUGGGCGCGUCGGUCGGAGCAUUCAUUGCACCCGACCAUCCAUCCUGUGCUGCUAAUUGCUAGUACAUAUCUGCACCUGGCCCAACACGGCCAUCGUCCAAACUCGACCAGUCCAAUCUGAUAUUUAUACCCAACCACCGGCCGACACAUCGCGGACGGGCCUCUUCUCUGCUGCAUCUUACGUACAUCAUUGCUCUCCCAACAUCUAGGAUCUCUAUCUGAUCUUUGGGGAUCAACCUGGCUUCAUAACAGCUUGGGGAGCGUCGUUCCUGUCCCGCAUCCCCGCGCGCCGCAUCCAUACGUCAAAUCAUACACCAAUUGCGGGAGGUUACACCGCUGGCUAUCUUAAUCACCAAGCUUCCCCGGAUUCUUCUUAUCUUGUUAAUGUACCCCGGACUGUCACUUUCAACUUGUACAUUCAUCAAUUGCUUCCAACUAUACCCAUAACCAUCCAAGGAGUGAAUUGAAUCCAUACUACAUACCGUCAUCAUCAUGGACGUGGCUUACAACCAACACUCGAACGCCGCCCGGCGCAAGAACCGCUCCUCAACAAACCUCAACUACCUCUCCCUUGCUCCCUUGACCUCCAAGCUCCCCAUCGACAAUGAUGACUUCCUGGAGCAGUACCACCAGCAAUUCGAGCACGUACCUCACAGCACUUCCUACCUCGCGGGCAAAUCUGCUCCAACCACUCCUCGUCUGAUCUCCCAUUCGCCCGGUCCCCACCCUGCCCGCGCCGCUACCAUGACAGGCACCGGUAUGAACCACUCCCGCGGCAAGUCUGCUCCGGCCGCCAGACUACCCAAGUCCAAGUCGACCACCCAUCUCGGCAGCAAGAGCGGCGCCGCUUCCCCCACACACAAGCGCCGAAGUGCCGCUGCCAUUGCUGCCGAGAACGAACGCAACUUGUCUGACUGGCUCCUUCGCGCCGGUGCCCUCAUCUCCACCGAGACCCGCGAGUCCAAAGGCCAAUCAUGGCUCGUCUCCCGCGCCAGCUCAACCUCCCUGACCGGCCUGCACAAUGCCGAAGAGGAGGCCUUUGAGCGAGAGCUUGCCCGCGAGCGUGAACUGCUCCUUCAAAACACCGCUGCCAACGCCGUCUCUCGCAAUGCCAGUCGGGCCGCCAGCCGCAAUGCCUCGCGACGAGGUAGCAUGGUAAUCAACACCGGCUACAACACCAACAUGAUCGACGACGAGUAUUACACCACCGCCUCACCCAUCCACAGCCGUCUGGGCAGCCGCUCCCACAGCCGAACCCAGCUCGCCCGCACCCCCAACGAGCGUCACGCUUUCGAGCACGGCGCCGGCUACUUCCACCACCACGGCGUGCACAACAACAACAACAACAACAACAACAACAACAACAACAACAACAACAACAACAACAACAACAAUCACCAUCACCACGAGGUGGGCAUCACGGAAGAGGACGACGAGGACAACAACGGGCCUGGUCCGGACUUUGUUAACCUCGACGAGAAGCUCGAAAUGGCCCACUACAACCAGGAACAACUGCUGCUCGACAGUGACGCCGCGUCCUCCAUCAUUGAGGACGAAAUCGCCGUCCGCCGCCUGGUCAAGGACCGUAACAUCGGCUCCUGGUUCGGGCGCGUGCUGGGUGUACAGCUGUUUGCCGUAGAGGAGGAGGACGACGAGGAGGAUUCCUCAGACUCUGACCGCGAUGACGAUGACGACGGUCAUCUGGCGUAUGGUAGUAGCAGACAACACUCGGAGGGACAGUUGACGGAAGAUGACGGUGGCUCGACGACCGAGACAGACUCGUCGAGUGAGGAAAGGAGGAGGCCGCACGAGAAGCAGAGGAAGGACCAGAGGCGGUUUGAAGAUGCGCAGCUGUCCAAGCUGGUGGAUGAGCGGGUGCCCCCGCCCAAGGAGGAGGGUGGGACAUGGCAUGAUGCUGCUUGGUUGUUGACUGUUGCUUCCAAGGUCAUUUUCUGAUGGACCAAGAUAUGGGUUUGAAAUCCACAGAGACAGAAGUUAAAAGCUAACUUGAAAGAUACAGACUAUGGGAAUACAAAGCGGGAAAUGGAGUUUGGGUUGGCGGUUUGCUUGGUUUUAUUCUUCCAUGUGUACAUAGGGGGUUUUGUUUACUUUGUCAUCUCAUGACUUGAUCAGGUAACGGUUGUCCUUUCGAAAUACGAAUCACUUACCUAUAC